CUGCAUAGAUAUUCACUCAAGCUACGAGCUAGCAGAGCUUGCAAUAAGUCUCAACAUAAACCCAUCCAAACAAGACGAUGUCUCGCAGACUUACAAGCAUGGCUGCCCGCCGAUUCCACACGGACUUUGAAGCCCGUCAGUCCCUGCGUCUGAAGCCGCAGCCUCAGCCGCACCAGGAGGUCAGGGUGGAGGUGCCCUGGGGUCAAGUGGCAGUCAAGGUGUGGGGUGAGCCUGGCCCCGUGCCCCUUGUGGCACUGCACGACUGGCGCGACAACGCAGCCUCCUUUGAUCAGUUGGCGCCGCUGCUGAACAUGCCCCUGGUGGCCAUCGACCUACCCGGACACGGCCGCUCCUCUGCCAUGCCGCCCGCCGCCCAGACCUUCUCCCCCUCCAACAUCUUCACCUUGCGCUACGUCCUGCGCAAACUGGGCUACAAGCAGGUGUCCCUGAUGGGCCACGGCAACGGCGCCCACGUCGGUCUGCUCUACGCAGGACUUUACCCGGAUGCGGUCGGUCGCUUGAUUCUGCUAAACGCCGGACAGUCCGUGCCCAGCAUGGAUAUGUCUGGCCGUUUGGGCGCCCUCGUGGACUCUAUCCUGGAACAAAAAACCAUAAGUCAUUUCACUGCGUCCAGCCUGGACCAGUUGGUGUCCACGUACCAGCAAAGAGGACUGUCUGAAGAGGCGUCUCGCGUUCUCCUGCAGCGCUCCGCCCGCAAGGUGGACGGCGGCUACAUAGAUGCCACUGCCCCGUGGCUUGAAACGUCUGCGUUCCACAACCUUUUCCAGAGCACAGAGACCGCCGUCGCCUCUAAGGUCAAGUGUCCGGUGCUGAGUGUCGAGGGACAGCAGCAAGGAGUAUCUGAAAUAAGCAAGCAGGUUUUGGCCAAGGCGGCCACCUCCUUCCAGCAGCAGAUUGUUAAUGGUAGCCACUACUCGCACCUCGAGCAGCCUGAAGAGUUUGCCACAGCUAUCAAUGAGUUUAUGGCUUGAUUUGGCAAAAAAAGAUGCAGGAAAAGGUGGAAUCUCAUUAACAUUGCAGAAUAUAUAUGGUGGAGGACCCAUUUUAUGUUCAAAUAGGCAAAAAUGUAUAAUUUUUUUUUAAAUUUUUUUGUAGAGUGCUGUCAUAUGGGUUUACACACAUAUCAUUAUGUAAUUUCCUAAAUUAAUUUUUGAAUAAAAAGUUGAAAAUAAAUUAUUC